AUGCUGGUCAAACAUUUAUCUGAACCUUGGUUUUCUUUAAUAUAUUGUGGAAAAAAGACAAUUGAAGUUCGUCUUGAUAAAGGUCAUUUUCAUGACUUAAAACCACAGGAUACAAUUGAAUUUUUUAAUGAUGAAUUAGGUUUCAAUAUGCGUCGAAAGUUUUGUAUUAAAGUGAUAUCAAUUGAACAGUUUGAUACAUUUGAAUUAUUAUUAGAAAAACACAUUUCAAAUGCUUUACCGACUGUUAAAUCAAUUGAAUUUGGAUGUCAAAUAUUACAGCAAUAUUAUUCGAAAGAAAAUGAACUGCACAAAUAUAAAAAAUUAGCGAUUAAUAUCGAACGCGUUAGUGCCGUUACCAAUGAACCACGUACUUCUGCCACUUCAUGUUAA